AUGGAUGCAUUCGGACCAACUCCAGAAGGAUUCACAUAUCAAGAAGAAUUGCCAUUUAUCAUUGAUAGCAGAAUAUCAAUGAAGUAUGCAAAAAAUGUCAUGAAUAUUUUUGACUUAAUAGUAACAAUGGGAUUUGGAGUUAAUUUGAAAAAUAUAGGAAUAACAAAUCGCCAAAAUUCAAGAUAUUACAAAGCAUAUGAAGCAAGCAGUAUUCGUAUUUCUCCAUGUAAUUGCAUGCCAUCUAUGUUUUACAUGUGCAAAGAGUUCAAUCCAUUCAUGAUGAAAAUCGGACCAAAUAAUCAGGUGAUUAUGAAUUACGAAAAAGAAGAAGAUGUUUUCAGAUGCUUUGAAUCAUGCUGCAAUGCAAUAUUAUCUUUAAGCAAGGAAGAUGUUACAAUGUUCCAACAUUAUGACAAUAAUGUGGAAGGAGCGGUAUACAAAACUCGAUUUAAUAAUAUCUUUGAGCUUUUAAUCAAGAGAACUAAAUCAAUGCAUGAUCCAAGGUUAGAGUUAUUUAGUAUUGGGAUGAGUAAGUUAUGUGAAAUCUUUCAAUCAAUUAAGGCUCAUGCCGAUAAUUUGUCUGACAACAUGUCUCCGUUUUUAUCACUUAUUAACGGUUUUUGUUCGAAUUUGUUACCUCAGUUUUCCAGAGAUAAUAAUGAUGAUGAUUCAAUUGCAGAAAAUUUCUCCAAAUUCAUUGAAAAAACUCUUGAUAAUAUUGGCGUUAUUGAUUAUGAUGCUUCUAUUAUAAUUUCAAAAAUUUGA